GGAGAGCUUCCCUCCAUAAAUGGUCCCACCCCUGGGCAAGGUGGCUCACUCUGGCAGGUAAGAACGGGGGAGUGUGCACCUGCUACCAGUCAAGCUCAGCCCGACUGUGAGAAGAGGCAAGGCGGAGCAAGCCGAGGGACUGAAUGAACCAUGGACAAAUUGAAGUUCCCCAGCUUCUUCAAGUGCAGGGUGAAGGAGAAGGUGACGGCUUCAUCUGAGAAUUUCCAUGUUGGUGAAAAUGAUGAGAAUCAGGACCGUGGGAACUGGUCCAAAAAAUCGGAUUAUCUUCUAUCUAUGGUUGGAUAUGCAGUGGGACUGGGAAAUGUGUGGAGAUUCCCAUACCUAACCUACAACAAUGGUGGAGGUGCCUUCUUGAUACCUUAUGCAAUUAUGCUGGCAUUGGCUGGUUUACCUUUGUUCUUCCUAGAGUGUUCAUUGGGACAAUUUGCUAGUUUAGGUCCAGUUUCAGUUUGGAGGAUUUUGCCAUUGUUUCAAGGUGUGGGAAUUACAAUGGUCCUGAUAUCUAUUUUUGUGACGAUCUAUUACAAUGUCAUAAUUGGUUAUAGUCUUUACUACAUGUUUGCUUCUUUUCAAAGUGAACUACCAUGGAAAAAUUGUUCUUCUUGGUCAGACAGUAACUGUAGCAGAACACCUAUAGUAACUCACUGUAAUGUGAGUAUACAUGGUACAGAGAUGCAAGUGAAUAUGAGCUGGGUACACGCCAACAAUUUUACCUGCAUCAAUGGCAGUGAAGUUUAUCAGCCAGGGCAGCUUCCCAGUGAACAAUACUGGAAUAAAGUGGCACUUCAACGGUCCAGUGGAAUGGAUGAAACUGGAGAAAUUGUGUGGUAUUUAGCACUUUGCCUUCUUCUGGCUUGGAUCAUAGUUGGAGCAGCAUUAUUUAAAGGAAUCAAGUCUUCUGGCAAGGUGGUAUAUUUUACAGCUCUUUUUCCCUAUGUGGUCUUACUCAUUCUGUUAAUACGAGGUGCAACUCUAGAGGGUGCAUCAAAAGGAAUUUCAUACUAUAUUGGAGCACAAUCAAAUUUUACAAAACUCAGUGAAGCAGAGGUUUGGAAAGAUGCUGCCACCCAGAUAUUUUACUCCCUUUCAGUGGCUUGGGGUGGCUUAGUUGCUCUGUCAUCUUACAAUAAGUUCAAUAACAACUGCUUUUCUGAUGCCAUUGUAGUUUGUUUGACAAACUGCCUCACUAGUGUGUUUGCUGGAUUUGCUAUUUUUUCUAUAUUGGGACACAUGGCUCAUAUAUCUGGACAGGAAGUCUCUCAAGUUGUAAAAUCAGGUUUUGAUCUAGCAUUCAUUGCCUAUCCAGAAGCUCUAGCCCAACUCCCAGGUGGUCCAUUUUGGUCCAUAUUAUUUUUCUUCAUGCUUUUAACUUUGGGUCUCGAUUCUCAGUUUGCUUCCAUUGAAACAAUUACAACAACAAUUCAAGAUUUAUUUCCCAAAGUAAUGAAGAAAAUGAGGAUUCCUAUAACUUUGGGUUGCUGCUUGGUUUUGUUUCUCCUUGGUCUCGUCUGUGUGACUCAGGCUGGAAUUUAUUGGGUUAAUCUGAUUGAUCACUUCUGUGCCGGAUGGGGCAUUUUGAUUGCAGCUAUAUUGGAAAUAAUAGGAAUCAUCUGGAUUUAUGUAAAACAAAGUCAGCUAAAUUUAGGAAAAUUAGCAAUUUUAAUAUGGUCACUGGUGAAAUUUCAGAGACCCACGUAUGGUGAAAUUUCAUACCCUGACUGGGGAGUUGCUCUGGGCUGGUGUAUGAUUAUUUUCUGCAUUAUUUGGAUUCCAAUUGUUGCUAUCAUAAAAAUAGUUCAGGCUGAAGGAAACAUCUUUCAACGCAUUGUAAGCUGCUGCAAACCAGCUCCUAACUGGGGUCCAUACCUGGAACAACAUCGUGGGGAGAGAUAUAAAAACAUGGUAGAGCCUAAGAAAGAGAUUGACCAUGAAAUACCUACUAUUAGUGGCAGCAGAAAACCAGAAUGAGACCUCAUUUUAAAAAAUGGUUGUUGUAUAAUGUGAUUUUAGAGUAGGGGCAAUUUUUAUUUAUUUGUAUGUUACCUGAGUAGAAAAAUAUAAAUGCUAUGUUCACAAUAGGGUAAUAAGUAUUUUUCCCCCUUAAGCAGGAAUGUAAUAUAAAAUGUGAAUCUAUUAAUGUUUAACAAUGUGCUUAUAUUUCUUUUAAGAUUAGCUAUCUGUAUAAUAUGCACACAAUUAUUUCGCAGUGAAAUUUUAAAAUAUUACCAUAAUGUUUUUCUAAUACAUUUAAUGCUUUAUUUUGAGCUGUUUCUGUUAUGUAACUUUAAAAUUAUUAUUUCUUCUAUUUUCUUACCAUACAACCUUUCUUUUUCACAAGUUGGGGGAAUAUCAGUGUAUUUAAAAGGAAGUCUUACAAACUACUGGCCUCACUUAGAAACAUCAUAAAUAUGUGGAAAAAUAACUAUUCAUAUUAUAUAAAGAUUAUAGUUUAAUGCUUUUGAUCCAAAUAUGUCUAAAAUCUUCAUGCAUUUAUGGCUCAUGUUUUCUAUGUGAACUUAUUGACAGGACAGGAGAAAUAAGAAUUCUUUGACCAGUAAGGGAUAAAUAUAGAAAGUGGAAUACAGGUUUCCUUAUAUUCUAUCUUCCUUCUUUAGGUUGUAUAUGGAAGAAAACUAUGACACAUCUAAUUUCUAUUGUCUAGCAACAUUAAGAGUUCAUUAUAUUCUCUGAAUAUUGGUUUAAUUUCACAUAAAAUAUGGAUCAAAAUAUUAAUGAGAAAAUGGUUUUACUCAAAAUUUGCAUUUAAUAAUCAUGAUAUAUGGCUAGUCUUAUGUGAGUAAGUUAGUGAUUAUGGGUGAUAAUUACAUAUUUACAUAUUAAUAAGAGAUAAACUUGUCCAAAAGGAAGAUUCUAUAUCCUGGUUUCCUUACUAUUGUUAAUGAAAUAGAUAACUAACAGCUUUAUAUUUUGAUUAUAUUUCAUUGAGAAUUGGUUUAAACAUCAUAGACUAGGAAAAUCAACAAUGCCUAACGAUACAAGGAAUUUCUCAGCAAUUUUUAAGAUUUUUUUUAACAGGCUUGAGGGAAUUAUGGCACUGAAAUUAUAUGUAACAUCAUCUGUGUGAUGUAGACAUGCAUUUUUUUUUCCGUAAGGAGAGUCUGUAGUUUUCAUCAGAGUACCAAAAUGACUUAGAAAUCAAAAAAUUUUAAGAAUCACAAAUGCUGCUGCUGGUUUUUAUGCUUGGCAAGUGACUAACACUAGAAGGAAUUUUUUCCUUUUCUUUUUUUAGGAGUAGUUUUUCUUAUACAUUUUAAAUCCCUUUUCCUUUCAAUUUAAGAUAAAGGAAUAAGGUAUUAAGGUAUUUCUUUAAUUUAUACUGGUAAUUUAUUUUGAGGGAAGGGGGCAUCAAGGUAAACAGGCCUGCAAUUAAACCAUAUAAAUGAAUUAUGUAUAAAUAAUAUCAGUGAAUUAUGUACAUAUGGAUAAUGAACUCACAUUUGAUAUCUUGAGUGUUUUCUUUGAGGUAGGUCAGAUGAUGUUAGAAAACUUCAAGAGAUAAAUUCCUUAGCUAGACCAGAUUUUGUAAAAUAUUAUUUGAAAGAGAUAACUGAGUAGUACUUAGAAAUACUUUUUCAUAUUUUUAAUCCACAUUACAUUACUUGCAUGCUACCACUAUAAUUUGGUGCUAUUUGAGGUGCAGAUUUUUCACCAAAGAGAAAAAUGCAUGGCAUUUUCUAUAGGUGACUUGCAAUUCAGGGAAGAUUUUGGCACAUUUUAAAUAAAAGAAUAUCUAAUUGGGAGAGAGGAUAUAUGAAGUGGAAGCAAUCCUUUUCAAAAGUUGACCACAAAGACUAGUUAAAUGUUUGUCACUAUCUUCACAAGAUCUUAAUGAAGUUCUUGGCAUAUUGUAGGGUGCCCAAUGAUAGCUCUUAUUAUUAUUACACAGAUUCAACAGUGGCAAGAAACAGUAUUCUGAAUAAUAGAAACUAGUUCCAUCGAAUUCUACUUACUUUAAUUCCAGCAUGGAGAUAAUUGCAGUAUUAUGCUGUAAACCACUAGAGAAAACUGUUUUUCACUCUUGAAUGAAAUUAUAAUCACUAUAUCUCAACUAUUUUUUGAAUGUAGCUUAUUGUAAAAAAAAAAAAAACUUUUGGACUGAUUUUCUUACUGUAUUGUUCUUCCAUUCCUUCCCCAGUAAAAUAUAUUUUAUCAAGUA